GAACAACAUCGACCGAAGAAAAGCAAACCUUUGCAAGCCGGUCCUACACGGGUAAGUCAGGGUUCUUUUUUCCCCUCUCUUGCUCCAUCCUAAAAAUAAGAAAGCAAGGGUUGCAGAGUUAAGCGUGAAGAUCGGCAAUCACGUAAUGCGCAUGAAACCACUGUUCCCUUGCUUUUUUUUUCUAAAAAAAAAAUAUUAUACUGGCAACCCUAACCGGAGUCCACCCUACUGAUUCCAGUUUCCACUCUUGUUUUCUUUUUCUCUGUAGCCACCAUGGUAUCCUGCGUGUGCAACAGCUCAUUGGACCCCACCUCCUUUGGCACCAUUAAAUAAGCCCUUGGAAAGUUCAUUUGAAAAACGACUCAAAAAAGCGAUUCCAAAGAUUCAAUUGUUGAACAAUACCAAUCCCAAAAGCCGUUACAUGGGAUCCAAAGAAGUCGGCACCGGGGUGAAUGGUGCGGUAGUUCAGGUCACGGUACGUGGACAUCACGAUAUUCGACUUGCCUUGAAACGGUGCAAAUUGGACGACGAUCGUGAAUACCGAGCCGCCAUUGUCCGCGAACUUCGAAUUAUGGCCAGCGGUCACACCAACCUUAUUAAAUUGAGGGAAGCUAUCGUGUUUCAAAAUGAAGUUUGGAUGGCCAUGGAUCUUAUGCUUUGCAGCGUGUUUGCGGUUCUUUGCCGUCGAAAUUUACCCGAACAAUAUGCUAUUUAUAUUGUGCGAGAGACAUUGAAUGGAUUAAUAUAUCUUCACAACCGAGGGUUCAUUCAUCGUGACGUAAAGUGCGAAAAUUUGUUAAUUGGCAACAAUGGCGAAAUUAAACUUGCCGAUUUUGGCCUUGCUACGAGCAUGAAACAUACCAAUCGAGAACGAUUAGGCACUGCAAAGUGGAUGGCGCCGGAAGUAAUCCGGCAAGAAGCUUACAAUGAAAAAGUCGAUCUGUGGUCCCUAGGCAUUACUCUAAUUGAAAUGAUGGAUCGUGUUCCUCCUCAUUACGCUGUAAAGAGAGACGAAGACGUGUUUAUUAAAAUUCUCGAAGAUUCCAGUCCAACGUUCACCUACAGCUAUCCUUCCAUUUAUUGCACGGGACUUGUCGCCUGGUUACUUGAGGAGAACGUUGAAAAUCGACCAACUGCCAGAGAUGUGGUAGCUGAAUUGGAUUUACAUAUAGAGCAAAAGUUGCUAAAGAUGGUCGAUGCCAAGGAAUUGGCAAGAUUCGUCUCAAAGACACUGGCAUAAAGGGAUCGUUGGAUCCAAUUUACACACAACAACUAUUGUAUUUAAGCUCAUCAUGAGCAUUAAUCCUUUUUUUUAUUAUGUCUCUCCCUGCCUUUUUCCCUUACACAUAUCAUACUAAUUCAUAUUGUCCUUUUUUUUUCCCAUCAUUAGCCACCAUGCAUUAAUAUUGAUAAAGCAUCCU